CUCUAUUCGCAAGUAAACAAUACACCACUGAAAAUCUGUUUUACACGAAACUAAUGAAUAAAAUAGUAGAGCUGCAUCAUCUAGUCUAGACUCAAGAUUUAUAUCUAGACUAGAUCACCAGAUUAGAUAGUAAUUCAUGUGAGAACUCAGAGGACAUCAUUAAUGAUGAAUCAUCAAGAAGUUGAAAACGAGCUCAGAUUUCUAAUGCAAUGGCGCAACAAUGGAAUCUCAUUUAUACCAGGAUCACCAGGCGUAGAGAUGUUAAAUGCUUGCAGUAAAAUGCUACUUAAUGCUUCAGAUAAAAUUUUGAAUGAUCCCAACAUUAACAUUGGAAAUUUAUUCAAAUAUGGAGAGAAUCAAGGGGAUCAAGAAUUUCGAGAAAACCUCGCACAUUUUUUGACAGAUGAAUAUGGGGAUGAUGUGAAAAGCUCCAAUUUAAUGGUGACUGCAGGGGCCACCCAGGGACUUCAUGCCAUAUUGACUAUAUUAUGUGAUAAGAAGACCCCAGUUUUUAUAGAAGAUCCAACUUAUUUUCUAGCCAGUCGAAUGAUUAAAGAUGAUCUUCAAAUAAAUACUAUACCAGUUCAAGGUGAUGAAACUGGAAUGAUUCCUGAGUGCCUAGAAAAAGCUCUUCUUUCUUACAAAGAUCAAAAACAGAAUGUUACUUGUGAACCUAGCUCAAGAUUUUGGGCAGCUGUUUAUCUUGUUCCAGUCUUUAGCAACCCAACUGGUUGGACUUACACUGAAGAGCGCUGCAAAAAGCUGGUACAAGUUGCCAGGAAAUACAACAUUUUGCUCAUUGCUGAGGAUGUAUACAAUUUGAUCUAUUUCCAAGAUGCCUGUCCACCGAAGAGACUUCUCUCAUAUGAUCUGGCGACUGACGCAGACUAUACAGGAGGAAAUGUGUUGUCUAAUGGAACAUUUUCAAAAAUAUUUGCCCCUAGCGUCAGGCUUGGAUGGAUUGAGGGACCUGCUAAAUUAUUGUGUCCUAUUUAUGAAAGUUUUUUAACCUGGAGUGGUGGCAGCUUCAAUCAUUACAUGGCUAAAGUCAUGAGCCAACUUCUAUCCAGUGGAGCUCUAAAGGAACAUACAGAGUGGUUGAGAGCAUCCUACAAGAAAAGAUUGGCAGCUCUUUGUGAUACAUUAGAUGAAUUGAAACCAACUGACUGGCAGUAUCACAGACCUAAGGGUGGGUUUUUUGUAUGGGUAACAUUUCCUGAACACCUAAGUGCCUUGGAGUUUCUCAGGUUUGCUAGAGAAAGAUAUGAUGUGACCUUCUUACCAGGCAUAUGUUGUUCACCUACUUUAGGCUCCAAAAACUCUGCCAGAUUGGCUUUCAGUUCUUUGAAUGAGGAUGCCAUUGUUAGUGGCCUCAAAAAACUUAUUUUGGCCUAUGAAAACUUCACCAAAAGUUGUGUGGACAGAGUGGACGUAUUUCAAUGCAUCUGUUGAGCUGAUCUCAAGAGGGUGGACCAUAGAAGAUGUGUCCGCUUCCAAUGCUUGUCAUCUUACUCAGCGACUUCAUGGAAGAUAAAAUAAUUCAGCGUUUGGUGUGUUUAGUAGGGCUACGAGUUUCUUAUCUACUAAUUCUCUACACAACCUGAGUUUUUUUUUCUAUAUUUUAUGUAGAAAAUUAAUUAAUUACGACUAACUGAUUAACUAA